AUGGAUUACCCUUUCUAUGAUCCCCGAUCACAGCCCGGCUUCUCACUCUAUGGGUUGCCUACCCCCGACCAACCUCAUGCGCAACCAGAUACAUUCGCCCCUCUGAAUUUCCCUGAAUUUAACCCCUCAUUCCCUGUCGACCCAUCCUUUGUUCCGCCACCUCAUUCACCGCCAGAAUCAGUCAAGCACUCUGCUUCCAGUCACCACACUCGCCCCACCUCAUUCGAUGGCGAUGAAACUCAGUUCCCAGACCCAAAUGUAGGGAGUAGCAGCGAGGAAAAGGAAUCAGCGCCCGCGCAAAGCAAACGCAAGGCCCAAAAUCGAGCAGCCCAACGAGCAUUCAGAGAGCGCAAGGAACAGCAUGUCCGCCAACUCGAAGACAAAGUAAAUAGCCUCGAACAAGCAUCCGACUCGUUACAAGCCGACAAUGAGCGUCUGAAGCGCGAGCUAGCCCGCUACACAACCGAGAAUGAAAUCUUGCGCGCGACAUCACAAGCCAAUCGCCAUGUCAGCUCAAACGAGAAUCCCGAACCAACAGUCACAGGGCCGAUGAAAUACUCCCCGACAGACUUCUAUGCCACCUUCAUGCCGGAGGGCGGAUCUGGCACGCCUCGGAGCCCGCACCACCGUCUCACCGUGUGUCCGAUCACCGGUGAGAGACUGCUGGAUGCGGGUGCGACGUGGGAACUUAUUCAGAAACAUGAGCUGUUUGAGCGCGGUGGGCUUGAUAUCGCUGAUAUCACGGAGCGGUUGAAGGGUAUGUCGCAGUGUGAUGGACAGGGUCCUGCUUUUAAAGAGGGUCAGGUGCGUCGGGCUAUUGAGGACAGUGCGGCUGCUAGUCGUGAUGAGUUGAUCUGA